UUUAAAUCGUCUAUCAUCAUCACAAAUUUUGCAUAAAAAUUCGACUUUUUUUAGAUAAAAUUGUUAUUAACGAUGGGCUUAUCUUAUAUGGAAUUAAUUGUGGCUAUUAUAGUCAACAUUGUCAAAUCGGUCGUGUUUGUUUAUACAUUUUUCACCAUACCGAUUUAUUAUCUAAUACAAAAACCAUGGAAAGCUUUAAAAUUGGCUAAAAUGUGUGGCGCAAAUUUCAUCAAACGCGGACAAUUUAUCCGACAAGAUGGCAUACCAGAAUUAUUAUCAAAUGUAGAAUAUUUAGAAUUCGAGCAUGACGUUCCCAUACCACAUCAUCCAUUGAUGAAAUGUAAUACCAUCACUGAAGCUAUUUAUGCAAGAUCAGAAUUAUAUUCGAAUGAUCUGCCAUCGAUUGGCUAUCGAGAGAUAUUGGAAGAGGAAAUUCAACACGAUCAAUCUGGUAAUCCGAUCAAAAUUGAUGGGAAAGUUUUACGAAAAUAUAAAUUAAGUGAUUACAAAUGGCUUACCUAUGGAGAGUUUCUCGAACAAGUAGAAGCCACUAGUCGCGGAUUAUAUGCUAUUGGCUUUGAAAAACAUGAUCCAAUUGCCAUUUAUUCGGAAACUGGUGUUGAUUUUCUGGUAUCAAUGAUUUCAAGUGGGAAAUCCGGCGCUUUGAUUGUUACAGUAUUUCAUACACUCACUGAUCAAGGAUUAAUUCAUGCUCUUAAUCAAACAAAAGUCAAAAUUAUAUUUGUAAGUUUUGAAUUAAUAGAUCGUGUUCAUGGUUUCAUCAAGAACUGUCCGAAUCUUAAAACGAUCAUUUAUUUUGAAGGACCUAAAAAGCGAAAAAUUCCCACAUUUGAUACCGACAUUAAAGUUUAUACAUUAAAUGAGAUCAAAAAUUUUGGUCGUUCCGAUAAAUAUCGACAUAUUGAAUCUAAAUGUUUAGAACCAGAUGAUUUAUUUUGCAUCAUGUACACUUCUGGAACUACAGGCAUUCCUAAAGGAGUUAGAAUCACGCAACGUCAAAUAAAAGAAGCUGCAAUGACAAUUGGAAAAGUUGUACGCGAUGUUAUGAUGACCGGACCAAGCCAUACUUAUAUUGCUUAUUUACCUCAAGCUCAUGUUCUGGAAUUUUCUAUUGAAUUAUUUUUAUUUGUUGGUGGUGUCAAAGUUGGCUAUGCAACACCGUUUACAUUGAAUGAAUCAGCACCAGGUUUAGCUGAAGGUCAAAUCUGUGACUUGAAAUUACUAAAGCCAACUGUGAUGAUCGCUGUUCCGUUAGUUUUAGAUCGGAUGCAAAAAGAGAUUCAUAAUAAAUUAAAAAACCGAACUCCAUUCUCAAAACCAAUCUUUGACUAUUUAAUCGACUAUAAAGCCUAUUGGAUUAGCAAAGGUUAUUCCACUCCCAUGGUAAAUAUGCUUCUUUGUUCAAAAGUUCAAGAACAAUUUGGUGGUAAUCUACAAUAUAUGGUAGUCGGUGGUGCACCUUUAGCAUAUGAUCUGCAAAAACGAAUCAAAUGUGCUUUGAAUAUUACAUUGAUACAAGGUUAUGGAUCAACAGAAACAUCUGGCGGUGUAUUCUGUAUGGAUUUUAAAGAUCUUUCCUAUGGACGAGUUGGAUCGCCAUUGAAUGGUGUCCGAGUACGUGUAGUAAAUUGGCCUGAAGGAAAUUAUUCCAUUGAUGAUAAACCGAAUCCUCGUGGUGAAUUGAUCAUCGGUGGUGAAAUGAUAUCUUCUGGUUAUCUUAAUCUGGAAGAAGCCAAUAAAGCUGCAUUUUUUGAUAAUGAUGGUAUUCAUUGGUUUAUUUCUGGCGAUAUAGUUGAAAUUCAUCCUGACGGAACUUUCUCUAUAAUUGACCGUAAAAAAGAUAUAGUAAAAUUGGCUAAUGGAGAAUUCAUCUCAUUGGGAAAGAUCGAAGCCACGUUGAAAAGUAGCAGCUAUGUGGAUAAUAUUUGUAUCGUGCCAAAUGCAACACUAAAUUGUUUAGUCGCAUUAAUAGUGCCGAACCUGAUGUCAUUGAAGACAAUCGUAAAACAACAACUGGAAUCAACAAAACAAUCUCUUAUUUCCGAUACAAACAUAUUGUUAGGCAAUUCAGAAGUCGUCAAGAUAGUACAUGAUGAUAUUAUUGCUGUUGGCAUUCGACAACGUUUGAAAUCGAUCGAACUGCCAUCGAUGAUUACUUUGUGUGCAGAAAUUUGGGCACCCGAUAAUGAUUUAUUAACAGCAGCAAUGAAAUUAAAACGUACUAAUAUUAUCAAACAUUAUAAUCAAGAUCUACAAAAAAUGUGGUCAUCAUUACGUGCUAAUCCAGAAAAAAUUCGUGUCCAAGUAAAAAAAAUGCCUCACACUUUGAAAUGAAAAUAAGAAUCAUUAUUUAAUCUGAUGAU